UCGCCGCGCUUCCGGCCGGGCCCCGCGCCCCCGCGCCCCCGCGGCCAUGGCGGCGCGGCCCGUGCGCGUGCUGGUGGACAUGGACGGCGUGCUGGCCGACUUCGAGGCCGGCCUCCUGCGGGGCUUCCGCCGCCGCUUCCCCGGGGAGCCGCACGUGCCGCUGGAGCAGCGCCGCGGCUUCCUGGCGCGCGAGCAGUACCGAGCCCUGCGGCCCGACCUGGCGGAGAAGGUGGCCAGUGUGUACGAAGCCCCGGGCUUUUUCCUAGACUUGGAGCCCAUCCCGGGGGCCCUGGAAGCCAUGCGGGAGAUGAAUGACAUGCAAGACACCGAGGUCUUCAUCUGCACCAGCCCCCUGCUGAAGUAUGAGCACUGUGUGGGUGAGAAGUACCGCUGGGUGGAGCAGCACCUGGGGCCCCAGUUUGUGGAGCGAAUUAUCCUGACAAGGGACAAGACAGUGGUCUUGGGGGACCUGCUCAUUGAUGACAAGGACGCCAUUCAAGGUCAAGAGGAGACCCCAAGCUGGGAGCACAUCUUGUUCACCUGCUGCCACAACCAGCACCUUGUCCUGCCCCCCACCAGGAGGCGGCUGCUCUCCUGGAGUGACAACUGGAGAGAGAUCAUAGACAGCAAGCGGGAAGCUGCGCAGCCGGAGAGAACGGGCCCUGCGGUGGGCAGAAGCUGAAGCGGGAGGGCAAGGUGGGCCAGCAGGGAGGCCCUGCAGAGCCGGGUGAGGGGGCAGCACCGCGGAGCAGGCAGACACUGGUACCUCUGUGCUGGCACAGGCCUGGCCACCUGGCUUUUCCUGAGAUGGCUGCUCCUGGAGCACACUGGCAUGGAAAUAGUCAGGACCCUUUUAAUAAAAAACUUUGGCUCUCUGGU